AAAAUGCAUGCCAAAUAUAUAAUCGUACUAUUAUCAUUCCUUGUAUGUUCUAAUUAUUCAUUUUCAAUUCCUGAAAAAGCAGCAGAAGUCGAACUAGCAGAAAGUGAAUCAGUGUUAGACCCGCAUGGCGAAGUAUUACUUAAGUGGAGAGUAGAUUAUUCAAGCCAAAAAAUUCAAUUCGAAAUAAAAUUGUUAGAAAAGGCAUCACCAUUCAGUUGGUUCGCAUUAGGGUUUUCAGACCGAGGUGAUCUUGAAAAUGCUGAUGUAUGCCUGCUGUGGACUGACUACAAAGGCCAUGACCAUUUCGAGGAUAUGCACAGUGAUGAGAGUGGAAAAUUAAUUCGUGAUAAAAAACAGGAUUGUAAAGGAUUUCACUUGAAUAGUCAAUCCAGAAGUAUAUUUUUUGAAAGAUUUUUCGAUACAUGUGACCGUGAUGAUUACGUCAUUGAGGAUGGUACUACUCACGUAAUUUGGUCUCGAGGGAUAGAUAAACUAUUUACAUCGAAAGGUUUGUGUAUAACAUGUACAGCAAAGGAAAACCGAGGUUUUAUAAGAGUGCGAUUGCUAACGCCGCCGGCUGGUUUGAAGAAUAGUGCUCUUCAGGUUCAUAUUACUAACAACAAUUUAAAAGUACCAGACGGUGACACAACAUAUUGGUGUAAAGUAGUGAAACUACCCGAUUUCAUAACACGAACACCACAUCACAUUAUUCAGUUUCAAUCAACCAUUACUCUAGGCAAUGAAGGUUUAGUUCAUCAUAUGGAACUUUUUUAUUGCGAUGCUGAUCCCAGUUUGGACAUACCGACAUACGAGGGUAGUUGUUUUGCUCCUGAUCGACCAGAAAUCACAAAAACAUGUUCAAAGGUGAAGGCGGCAUGGGCCAUGGGAGCACCACCUUUUGUUUAUCCAAAAGAAGCUGGAUUACCUAUAGGAGGUCCUAAUAAUAACAAGUAUGUAAUGUUGGAAGUGCAUUAUAAUAAUCCUGCGUUGAGAAAAGAUUGGGUGGAUAGUUCAGGGAUCACUAUACAUGUAACUUCACAUAAGCGUCAAUACGAUGCCGCUAUUAUGGAGCUUGGUCUGGAAUAUACAGAUAAAAUGGCCAUCCCUGGUGGACAGAAGGCAUUCCCCUUAACUGGUUAUUGUAUACCCCAAUGCACAGGCGUGGGUCUACCAGAUCGUGGAAUCGUAGUAUUUGGAAGUCAGCUUCAUACGCAUUUAACCGGUAUAGCAGUUUGGACGCGACACUCCCGUCAUGGAGUCGAAUUGCCAUUACUCAAUAAGGAUAUGCACUACUCAACACAUUUUCAGGAAAUUAGGAUUUUACAUAAACCUGUACAAGUUUUGCCGGGUGACUUUUUAGAGACAACCUGUUUAUAUAACACUGUAGAUAAAGAGAAUGCUACAAUUGGCGGGCAUGCGAUCACUGAUGAAAUGUGUGUCAACUACAUACAUUACUAUCCCGCUACACAUCUGGAGGUUUGCAAGAGCGCCGUCUCUAAUAUUGCUCUUGAGAAUUAUUUUAAAUUUGAACAUCGGUGGGAUAAUAUGUCUGUUUCGUACAAAUCGCCCCCACGAUACAAUUACUUAGCAAUCAGUCCAUGGACGCCGUUGAGGGUUAAUACUUUGAACAGUCUCUAUAUUGAAUCACCAAUAUCUAUGCAAUGUAACAAAUCGGAUGGUAAUAGAUUUCAGGGUGAUUGGGAAGGAAUACCAAUUCCCAGAAUUCGAGUUCCUUUGAAUAUUGAGCCCCGAUUGUGUCCCGAUGUUCUCAACGGCGUCGAAUAAAACUACAAUAACACUAACAAUUACUUACUCAUACUCGUACAAACAAGAAAACCAAUAUUACUAAAUACAUAUUAAAAGUAUGUUGAAUUAACUUGUGAUAAACAUUAUUCUAACUUUAAAUAUG